AUGAGUAUUGCUACCUUCUCCUCCCUCCUCCCGCCUCCUCCUUCUGGUUUCCUACCUGCGUUCGUACCAGCCUUUCCCCACCUGCCUUCUACCUCACCUCCCUGGGGGCUGCAAGCAGCGCAACUGUCGCCACUUCGUGAGUUCCUGGGAGGUCAGCGGGGUGACAGUCUCGCAGAGCGCCAUGAAGCCAUCCAUUCGGACGCGGAUCGCCAGAUUUCCGUUCGGCCGCAUACGUCCAGCCCGCACGAUUUCCGAAGGCACGACGUCGCCCGCACCGGCCUGCCCAUCUUCCACGCCAGUUUCCUCGCGGCAUUGCAGGACAGGACCACGCACGAGGGUCUCAUCGCCGACGGUGGGUACGAGGACGCCAGCGAUGACGGCGAGUCGUCCAUCGGGUAA